CCAUCAACGAAAAUUAUAUAAACGCACGACCUCUUUAUCGUCUCGGACUUUACAACAACAUUUGUGAACAUCAAAACACUAUCUUUUACGGAUCGUUUCUAGAAACUUAUCAAUCAUUUGAAUUUCCGAAUACGUUUACAUCGAUCUUUUGUUAUUGUUGAAACUACAACGUAUUGAUACCCUUUCUUUUUCUGUAUACCAGUUAUACCAGCUAAUUAUUUAUCUGAUAUUUAUUUGGGAUUGUAAAGAUGCACCGUUCUUACUCUUUAAGAAAUAGUCGUGCCCCUACGGCUUCCCAGUUGAUGAAUCCUCCUCCACCUGUCUCUAGUGCCCGUAAUAGUCGAUCCUUUACUCCAUUCAGACAUUCCAUGCGAAUUCACCAAGCUGUUAACUUCUCCCCUGAUUUGGCUAAGCGUUUAGCCGUUCUGGUCAAAAUGGAGAAGAACGUCAUGGCUAGCAUGGUCCAAGUCACUCGUGGUCGUCGUGACGCUGCUCGCCAGUUGUCUUACUGGGGUGAAGAUUGUGACGAUGACAUUAGUGAUGUUACCGAUAAGUUGGGAGUGUUGUUUUAUGAAGUUGCCGAGUUGGAAAACUAUUUGAUUGAUCGUCACGACCAAUAUCGUGUUACCCUAAAGUCCAUUCGUAACAUCGAGGCCUCUGUCCAACCUUCUCGUGAAAAGAAGCAGAAGCUUUUGGAUCACAUUUACAUGCUUAAGCAUAAGGAUCCUGAAUCACCUAAAUUGGUUACAAUGGAGCAAGAGCUUGUUCGUGAGGAAGCCGCUUGUUUGGUAGCUGAAGCUCAACUUUCCAACACCACCCGUGAAAAGUUCAAGCAAGCCAUGACCUACAAUUUGGAUGCUCUCCAUGAGCAUGCCGAAAAGCUUGGCUUGAUUACUGCCUAUGGACGUCAUUUGUUGAACUUGAUCGAUGACGCUCCCGUUACUCCAGGUGAAGCUCGUCCUGCUUAUGAUGGCUAUGAGACUUCUCGCCAAAUUAUCAUGGAUGCUGAGCAUGCUCUUAGCACCUGGAUCCCGGCUCAUCCUUCAGUAAACUUUGCCAAGCCUCAAGAAGAAGAUGUUCAGAGUGACGCUCGUUCUUGGAAUGACUAUGAGGCCCAAGGUGAGCCUGUUCCUGUUCAACAAAUGACUCAAAUGAAUGAUUCUCAAUCCGAUACCAGCGAAAUGGCUGAGAAUGACCCUAAUAUGCAUCCUCACGUUCGUGAAGAACGCAUUGCUCGUAUGGAUGGUGUUGAAAACAACGCUGUCAAUGAUACCACAAGCUUACAACCCAAAGAGCAACAACCUGCUGUACAAGUUGCUUAAACAACAAAUGGAAGAAAAGUUUCGAACAAAGAAGCCACCAUGGUAAUUUUUUGAAACACUUACGCGUUGGGUUCAUUUGUUGUUUUUUUUUUUUUUUGAUUCCAAUGUAAACUGCUUAAAAUAAUUUUUCCGUAAUGGCAGGGAAAAGAAAUUCCUAAUAAGGGAUUGCUAAUUAUUAAUCAAGCAUACAAACGAUACAAUUAUUUUUACCGAUGGAAUAAUCUAAGAAGUUGGAUUGAGCAAAGCAAGUUAAUACUUAAUGAACUAGUGUGCCUAUUAUUUUUUUUUAAGAGCGUUUUGUGCGUUUCAAGGAAAGUUAGUCGCUAGAUGGAAUAUUUAGUUAGUUUGCUCAAUCCAUGAAUGUUUUUGACAAUGUGGAGUACUAGCUGAUUUUGAAAAUUUAAUUUACCCUUUGAAGUAUUUACAAUGAGAAGUAGAAUGAUAGUGGUUUAUUUAUGUUUUGGG